AUGCCAGGAACCAUUCCUUCAGAGAUUACUCAGCUGCGGAAACUUCAAUACCUAUCAUUAGCCCACAAUAAUCUCACUGGACUGCUGCCUUCGGACCUUGGGAGAAGCACUGAGAGUGGUUUGAUCAAGCUGGACUUGACAGGAAACGAUUUCUUUGGUCCAAUUCCUUCUGGACUCUGCUCGGGUAACAAUCUAACUGUUCUCUUAAUUGGGCAGAAUCGAUUCAACGAUAGCUUUCCUGUUCAAAUCGCACGUUGUUCAUCUCUUAGGAGGGUGAUACUGAGUAAAAAUCAUCUUCAAGGAAUAAUACCAGGAAGUUUGAGUUUGAAUUCAGGAAUAUCAUACCUUGAUCUCAGUAACAACCUUUUGGAAGGGCAAAUACCACAAGGUCUCGCCCUUUGUCACAAUCUCACAAUGCUAGAUAUUUCAAUCAAUUAUUUUUCAGGUUCUAUACCUGAUUUUUCUAAGCUCUCAAAUUUACGGACGCUACAAUUGUCUUCUAAUAGGUUGACGGGCACAAUACCUCCCCAACUGGCUAACUGCGUACAACUUCUUAAGUUUAACAUCCGCCAUAAUCUUGCUUCAGGAAGUAUUCCACUUCAGUUUGUGAGACUGGAAAAGUUGAUGUUUUUUAUUCUCUCUGGGAACAGGCUGACAGGUCAUAUUCCUGAUGUGUUUACAUCAAGCCAAGAUCUUUUAGAGUUUCAACUUGGUAAAAACUUGCUUGAAGGAUCAAUUCCUUAUUCUUUAGGAAAUCUUCAGUAUAUCACUGUAGCUUUGAAUCUCAGCAACAAUAGGCUGACAGGUGAGAUUCCCAGCAGUCUCAGUAAGCUUGAUAAGCUUGAGAUUCUAGAUCUUUCAGGAAAUUCUCUAACAGAUCAUAUACCUUCUGGGUUGACCAACAUUGUGUCUCUUUCUUUUGUUAACGUGUCUUUUAAUAAAUUAUCGGGCAUACUUCCUGCCAGUUGGGUUAAAUAUGCAGCAUCAUCACCUGAGUUAUUUAUGGGGAACCCUGCAUUGUGCAUACAGAACUAUGGGACAGUUUAUAAAAUACAGAUUGGUAUGGGAAAUCACUGUUGGGCUAUUAAAAAGGUUGACUUGUCUGAGACAAGCUGCUCUAAUGAGACGAAGAUUUUGAACUUUGUGAGGCAUAGAAACCUUGUGAGAAUGGCUGGAUAUUGUAUAAGAGAUGGAUUUGGGAUGAUUGUUUAUGAGUACAUGCUUGAUGGAUCUCUCUUUGAUGUGUUGCACCAGAAGAAGCCACAGGUUCCACUAGACUGGGAGAUUCGUCAUCGUAUAGCUCUAGGAAUAGCUCAAGGUCUGUCCUAUCUUCACCAUGAUUGUGUUCCUCAGGUCAUCCAUAGAGAUCUUAAAUCAAGCAAUGCCGAAUUGGAGCCAAAGAUAGGAGACUUUGGAAUAUCAAAAUUAAUGGAUACAAAAUCUUCAAUUGUGGGUACUCUUGGCUAUAUUGUGGGCACUAUUGGCUAUAUUGCUCUAGAAAAAGGAUACUUAACAAGAUUGAAUGAGAAGAGUGAUGUUGUCAACUAUGGAGUUGUUCUUUUAGAGCUUCUCUGCAGAAAAAUGUCAGUGGAUCCAAGCUUUGAAGAUGGUCUUGAUAUUGUUGCCUGGAUGAAUGCAAGCCUGCAGAAUGCCAAAAAUUUGGACAUUUUGUGUUUCCUUGACGAGGAGAUUUGGUAUUGGAUGGGCAAUGAGAAGGCUUGUGCUCUGAAACUGUUGGAAUUGGCUAUGUUGUGGACUCAAGCUUCAAGUGAAUCUCGUCCGUCCAUGAGAGAAGUUGUGGGAAUCUUGAUGAAGUCAAAAUUCUAG